AAGAACACGUACUCGACAACAAGAUCGCAUUCACUCCAAAGGAUUGACUCGGGUGAGAUUUCUUCUUUGCCCUUCAACUCUUUCAGUCAGCUGCUGAAGCCCUAACCCUAACCCAUUCCAUUUCUCUCUCUCCUCCCUCACCCUCUCUCUCUCUCUGUCUAAAACAAAUCAAUUCAAUCUCUCAUCUCGUCUCUCUGGUUGCCUUCAACUCUUUCAGUCAGCUGCUGAAGCCCUAACCCUAACCCAUUCCAUUUCUCUCUCUCCUCCCUCACCCUCUCUCUCUCUGUCUAAAACAAAUCAAUUCAAUCUCUCUGUGUCUGUCUCUCUGGUUGCCCUCAGUCUCUCUCUCAUCUCAUCUAAUAUUCGAGGGGAUGGAUUUGUUGCCUAAUAACCCUGAGUUUCUAUCUCAUUUUACCAUUGAAAAUUCAGGGGAAGCAUCAACAAACCAAGAUACUGCACUCCAAAGCAGCACCAAUACGAUUGCGAAUUCUUAUAUUUACGCAAUUGAGAAUUCUGGUUUGGACCAUUUCAGCGAGCUCCCAAAAGCCGUUAUCGAGUCUAUUCUUUCUCUCCUCCCCAUUAGAGACGCAAUCCAGGUAUCCCUCUUAUCUCGCAAAUGGAGACACGCCUGGGCUUCAAUCCCUUGCUUGAAUAUAGACAAUUAUUCUCUGGAGCAUGUAAGCAAAGUGUAUCAUGGAGAUCCUCGCACUUUUACCAGGUUUUUGCGGCUCAUGAAACGAUUCUUCUUGUUUCGCUGUGAACCAGUCCAGAGAUGUAAGAUAGAGGUUGACCUCCAGCAAUGGGGGUUUCUGUUAGAUCUGUGGAUCAAUUACUUUAAAGAGAGAGGAUUACCCGAACUCGUUCUAGGGCAUUUUGGGGGCUCUUUUUAUGGAGGGUUGUAUCAGGUGCCUUGCUCUGUAUUUGAUUGUGGUUCAUUGAAGUUGUUGAAGAUAACCAAUUGCAGGCUUGAGCUUCCAUCUAGCUUUAAUGGCUUUCCCCAUAUUGAAACUGUCGAGUUCAAAAACUGUGAUCUUGCCGAUAACCUGCUUCAAGGUAUUGCUUCCAAUUCUCCGCGACUUGAGACCUUAACACUCUAUUAUUCUAAAUUGGGGUCUUUGUUCACGUUCAAUGCGUUCAAGGGCGUUAAAGCGCUGGAGUUUGUGUGUUGCAGAAUUGAUGACAACAAAAUGAGUGGUAUGCUAUUGAAUUCUGCUCUCUUAGAAUACCUAUCAAUGGAUUUUGUUGGGGAUCAUAGUGAUCGUGAGCCUUGUCAUCCCAAUCUUCAAAGCUUCUACUUCAAAGAUGAUCAUGGUGUCUUCACCUUUCAUUUUAAGAAGACCCCAUGUCUUGCGGAUGCUUCGACUACCCUCAAUAAUCUUGUAGAUCUGGGGAAUGGCAUUGAGUUCAAUAUUCUCAAAGGCAAUCUAGUUGGCCAGAAAACACUUUCCUUGGGAUCCCUUGUUAUAAGGAAGGUGGUUCUAGAUGAUCUCCCUGAGAGGUUGCUUGGGGCAUUUCAUAAUUUAAGCAAGCUAUGCUUGGGUGUUCUUCCAAUUGAUGUGAGGGACUGUGAUGUCACCUCCAUAUUGCUCAAGAAUUCUCCCUAUAUGAAGGAUCUCUCAAUUGUGCAUGACAUGUAUAUGGACACUGAAGAUUAUCCUGAAGAUGAUUAUUGGGACACUCAAGGACCUUUCAACUGCCUGAUGCAUCACCUUACAACCAUCCAUAUUUCUCUCUCAUGGGUAAAGGGUACUCAUGAUAUGAAAUUUGUGAAGUUCUUGCUCAUGAAUGCACAUGUCUUAAGGAAGAUGACAAUCAAAUUUGGAAAAUCUAGAUCUUUUCAGAAGAAAAAGGAGUGUAUUAAAAAAGAUUUGGCACUAGUUAAGCUGGUGUCUUCGCAUGUGGAUCUUAUUUUCUCUUAAAAUGUUAAAGACAGUGACUUAUAUGAAGAUGUAUAUAUUGUGUGGCAUGACUAUGCUAAUAAAUUGUAUCAUUCCAUGCAAUUCAUGGUGCUUGUACCACACUAUUGUCUUUAGGAGCCGUUUGUAACCUGAAAAUCCAUUACGUGACAAUAGGGAAAUAUGACAUUUCCACUAUUUGGAUACACUUUAAUAAUAAGGAAAUGGAAAGAGAUUACAUGACAUUACCCGAGAUUUUCCAAAAAGUCACGUAAUCCAUUAAGCGCUUAAGCGCGGUGAGAAGUGAAAAAUCUAUUACGCGUUUAAUGGGUAAUCUUUGAAAAUCUUUCGCGUGCGUCUCUCUGCCCUAUACCCGGCUUAAAAAAAAUAUUUCACUAGUGUAUGUUGUAUUGUAUAAUUAUUAAGGUAAGUAGAAAAAGAAAGUAAGGGAUAUGAAAAUUGAUUUGAACAUAUGUACGAACUUAAUAAGCAACAACUUUCUAUUGCAAUCAUAAUAAAAAAUAUUUCUACAUCCCUCUAUCCGCAAUUUGGAUGGUAGCCCUCAUCUUACUCUUAUAUAAAACAAAAAAAAAUCUAUAUCCCUCUAUCCCCAAUUUGGAUUGUAGGCCUCAUCGUACUCUAAUAUAAAAACAAAUUUUUUUAAUAAUGGGCAAGUGAAAGUAGGGGAAAUCUAAAUUGAUUUGAACAGGUAUAGAACUUGAUGAAAAAAUUUCUAUAUCCCUCUAUACCCAAUUUGGAUUGUAACCCUCAUUUGAAGUAUCGGCUCAUAUAAAAAUAAUAAUUGGUAAUCGAUGAGAAAUUACACAACACAAUCAUAAUAAAAAUUUUCACACAACAUA